AUGAUCCGAGUCGUCAAGGAAUCGUCACUUUGGAGUCGGCGAUGGCUCGGCUGGGUGUUCGUCUACACCUUCGUGCUGCUCUUCUUCUUCAUCUACCGGUGCAUCGGUCUCAAACCGUUGAUCCUGAUGUACGGGACCGAAAGGGACUGUACUCCAGGAGUCGAAGCUGCUGCGUUGGCACUCGGAUUCCUCGAAGACUUCGUGUGUGCAACGUACUUUGCGUGUGCCCUUUGGGUGUUCGACACGGUGAAGCACAUGGUCGGUCAUCGGGUCGGUGAUCAAAUGCCGAUAGCGUCACAGAUUUGUGAUAAAGUCUCGACGUUUCUGGUGUCGUGGCUUCUUUUCGUCGCCAUGACAGGACCAUUCGUGGCGGAUCUGCUCAUCGUAAGACUUCGCGGUAUGCGAUUCACGUUCGAAUUGGUCGCCAUGGCGAUUCACGAGAAAGAUAACGCCAGCAGCGCGUCCAUUUCUCAAUCAGAGAUGAAGGAAGCGUACGUGAACGUGGCUGGUAUGGUGAUAGUAGCGACACCCUUCUCGACCACUCGUGUCUGGGCGGUUUGGACGGAUCUUUCGCGUUGGAAUCCCGCAUUUGCAUUGAUGGAUCUAGCAACGCAACGAAGCUCGGGAGCUCAGAAGAGCGACGACAGCUCUGGAGAGAGCACGCAGUACCUCGUGUCGACGUCACCGAGCAGUGACGCGUCCACCGACACGUCGUUACCUCCAGAGAAUCCUCAAUUCGAUCGGUUGACGCUCUUCAGACUCUGUGCGUUGCUCGUGCUGCUGGCACUCGGUCUCAUUAUUGUACCCAUCCUUGUACUCGCUAUAAGCCAUGGGUGUUCAUCCCUUGUGGCUUAUUCAGGACUCAACGCAACGCUCAACGAGUUAUUCGUCCGUGGCGUUGAUGCCACCACACAAGGCUUCGCACCUUCAGUUGCCGACGGGACUAUUGAGAGUGCCACGAUCUACAUUCACUCAGCUACAGAGAACUACACUCUGUUCCAGAACGACUCGCUUUACCGACGCACUACCGGUUUCCACGGAGAGCUGGCCUUCGACGUGAACGUCUCUGAGGAAGACCCUCUUAACGUUAUUCUCAUCGUGGUAGAAUCCUUCCGAUUUCACGACUCCCACUACCUGGUGGGGGCCGACGAUCCGUCCAACUUGUUCAAGGGAAGCAACAUCACAGUCACCCCAAACUUCGAUAGAUGGGCGAAACGUGGGGUGUCGUUCAGUAACAUGUGGUCAAGCUGGCGGACAAGUCGAUCAGUGGAGAGUUUACUCUUCGCCCAGCUGCCAUACGACAGUGUGGCUGACUCAGGAAUGACUGGAGGCAAGGAGGAUGUCGAGCUCUCCGGUCUGCCACAGCUCUUCAAGGCUAAAGGGUACGACCCUUUCUUCACUACUGGGUGCAAGACUGACUACGAUGAUUGGGACACGUUCCUGCCUGCACACGGCUUCGAUACUGUUUGGAGUCGCGACGAGAUGAUGGAGCUGGCGGAAGGAUCCCUUAACAUCUCGUCUGAUGAAUGGUAUGGAGACGCUCAUCGAGGCUUUGGCUGGGGGGUACACGACGACCUGAGCUUCCAGUUACUCGGAGAUCUACUCAUCAACAAGACAGUCGAGCAAACCGAGCGAGUGGCUCGAGGGGAGGCCAAGAAACCGCUCUUUGUGAGCCACUAUACCAUCUCCAGCCACACUCCGUUCAAAGACCGCCCUACCUGGUACGCUGAAGCCAUGAAACCCGAUUUCUCUGCACUCUAUGAAGACGAAAAGUACGCCAAUGUUGUCCAGGCUUAUUUAGAGAUGCGAUACUUUACAGACAUGCAACUCGGUAAAUUCCUCGACCGCAUGGCUGACAAAGGGAUUCUCAACGACACUAUCGUAGUCAUUGUAGGAGACCACGGACAGGGACCAGAAGACGGUCUGGAUGUCCCCGAAGCUCGUGAAAUAUCAGCUACCAGAGUUGCUGGAACUAUUAUUGCUGAAGGACGACUGGGUGACGCGGUGGGGCUCAUGAUACAAGAUGCGGUGGAGCAGUACGAUAUGCUCAAUACACUGGCAGACAUCACUGGCGUCCCCGAAGGAGGCUUCUUGCAAGACGGCAUUGGGCGCUCACUCAAACGCAACGCCACAUUUGGAGAGCGCGUCGUAUACAGUAACAACCCUAGUCGGAAGAUGUCCGUGGUGCGUGGUCAUGAACGACUGCGCUACGAUCGCUACUCGAACUCUGUUCUUCUCCACAAUGCUGACACGGAUCACGAAAUGGAGAAUGAUCAGUUCCUCGCUCUUAGCCUCAAGGACAAGACGGACUGGAGAACGAGACGCGACGAUGGUCGUCGCUUAAACGCCUACUAUUCGAAGCGCUGGGACAACAAGUGCUUACUCGCUGGGGAGUGCUAG